AUGGCACAUAGAGAGAAACCACAAGAAGGCUCCUCUUCCUGGAGACUUCCAAACAAACACAGAGAGGGGUCAAAGGAGCGGACCGAAGAAUAUGAAGAGUGCGAAGGGGUCAGGAAGCUCGGUGAGGUGGGACGCCAAGUACAACAAAGCCGCCAUGAAUACAGGAGGAAAGGUGUGCAGGAAUGUGACCUCGUGAGGUCAUUAUUACAGAGCGGGAACCGAACUGUGAAACCGGGCCAAGAUGUUCAGAAGUGA